AUGUCUGACAUCACUAGGAAUGAAUCCUCUGUGAAGUACACGGACAAAGGCAGUCAAACUCAAAGCCUCAAUGAGGGUGGAGGUGGAAUCAACGCAGUAACAUCUACUAGCAGUAUUCCUGCCCCUGGGCGAGAAGGUCGCAAUGAACCUUGGAUUCGAUACACGUUGGAACGGAGAGACGAAGGCAAUGAGGUCAAGAGUCGUUCUAUUAUACAUUCUGAUUAUGCCACAUUCAACGAUGCUCUUUCAAACGGCGAUAGCGUUCCCGUUUUCGAACGGAUCAUGGUACACAGUACAGAACGAACAGGAAACGACCAGUGGAGUGGGGGAAUACCUUCUUACUUGAUACGAAUAUUCUCAGCCCCAGUAAUGCAUGCUUUGAGAUCUGUUGUGCGGUAUUAUCCUGAGCAGGACCUGAGUGGCGACGACAUCGAGAUUGGUUGGCCAUAUCCGAUCCUUGUACAUCAUUAUGAGGAAUUGAGACUCUAUCAGAAGGAAGUUGCGGAACAGAAUCCAGAGGAUACUUGCGUAAAUAAAAGAUAUGCCGAUAAACAUCUCGCUCUUCUUCUCUCAUUUUUGGAUAGUGAGGUAAUGGAGAAGGUCAAUGCCGAAAAAGAACGAAAUAAGCGUGGCGUGGCGACAUUUGAUUACUUGUGGGUGGCAUUGAAACCUGGGACAACAAUUCAUUUUGAAAUGAAAGAAAGUGUGGAGAAGGGGGAAUUAUAUGGAGGGGUUAUUUCGAGUAUCGAGGCUGGUAUAUUUGUGCAACGCGACUGGGAAUUGAAGUAUUGGAGUAUAGAUUAUAAUGGACUACUUCUGGGUCGUGUACAAAGAACAGGGAGGACUUUUCAUUCUUUUGAUGGUGAGGCGCAUAUGGAAGAAUCCUUGAAAAUCAAGGUACUUGGGAACGUGGACGACUUCCAAAAGUUUGUUGCCAACGAAAGCAUUAAAAACGCUAUUGCAGAGGGCAGAAUGUACUGGGAACUGCUUCAAAAGCAAUGCAAGCAUCAUGACGGUGCAGCAUUUGAUUUUCCUUACAACGAUGUAAGUACAUGAAUUUCUUUCCACACUUGAGGGUUAGAAUCAAUAUUCAAUCAUCUGUUUAGGUUUGAGGUACUGUGAUGGUAGAUCUGAACGCUUUCUACUCUCAACAAAGGAGGGCCCAAGGUGCAACCACCGGCUGCCGCUUCAUAUCAACUGUAGCAGGAAUUCCGUCUUUGAUGGGAUCAUUUCAUCAACAAGGAUUUCUUUCAGAAUGUUUUUGUCCCAUAUGCAAAUCAAAAUUAGGCAGGGACACCAGCAAAACGCCCAUCUUCACAGACUACACUAAAGUGAGCAGAAGUGAAUUCCCAAAAUUGCGCGACCACAGGUAUUUCUUGUGUCCAAAACACAUUCAUGUUUUUGUAUUUAAAACACGAAGAUGGGGUAAUUCAAAAUCGGUCUUGCGCAUUUGUGUAAGAUUACUACGCUAACUUCAGUUAGAAAGGGUCAAGGUCAAAAAGCUUUCAGAACCUCGGUUCCAGCCGAAUAUGAUAGAUCAUCUUGUGAUGAAUGAAGCAAGAUUGAGGACCAUCAAAUCACUAGCCGGGAGCUUUGCACGAAUCGACAACAAUGGCAAAGCGUUGAUCGAAAACCCCUGGGCAGCUGAUUAUAUAGACGGAAAAGGAACAGGGUUGAUAUUCCUUUUACACGGGGGCCCUGGAAUGGGGAAGACAUACACAGCUGGUAAGCUCCUACACCAUUUCAGAAUUAUUCAACUUACAAGAUGGUAGAAUGUAUUGCCAACUUCCUGAAAAAACCGCUAAUGGUACUGAAAACCACGGACAUUGGUACAAGUACAGAGGAUAUAGAAAGCAACCUAAGUCGCAGCUUCGAAAUGGCAAACAGCUGGGGAGCAGUACUUCUGAUCGAUGAAGCUGACGUUUUCCUGGCAAAUCGAACUAUCGAAGAUCUUCAUAGGAGUAGCCUAGUUGCCAGUAUGAUUAUUUUGUUCCAUAUUUUGUGUCUUGACUGAGGAAAUGACCAGGUUUCCUCCGCGCGCUUGAGUUCUUCGACGGAAUCUUAUUUCUCACGACAAACCGCGUGGGAACCUUGGAUGAUGCGGUGAGUUGUGAAGGCUUUUCUUUCCCCCUGUUCUGAUUUAUCUAUUCCUGAUCCCCCAACUGAAUUUCCAAUCAUAUAGAUAUUGAGCCGCGUACAUGUCCAGUUGUUUUAUCCUGACCUUGAUAAUGAACAGCGCUUGACAAUAUGGAACAACUUCAUCAAAAAACUAGAAAUUGAAAAGCCCUCAAUGCAAGUAAAGUACGCUGUGAAGGAGUAUUUGCGUUCCAAGGAAAUGCAAGAUUUUGAGAUGAACGGCAGAGAAAUUCGAAAUGGUAAUGACACAUCAAAGCCUUCAAAACAUGCGCUAAUAUCAACAGCAUUCCAAACUGCAGUUUCAUUAGCUCAACAUCGUGCCGAGCAUGGCGAAUCUGGGAAGACGCUAUUAACGGAAGAGCAUGUUCGGAAAGUAGUCGAACUCAGUAAAUCAUUUAAGCAUUAUUUUUCGGAACUGCACGGAGGACCGGAGGGCUACCGUGCAUUCACUCGAGCGGAACGAUUGGAUGGCUGAUAAGAGCUCCAGAUGGAGAAUGAACCUUCAGGCUAGUUUGACAUGUCUUCAUCAAUUUUGAUCUUCAG